UCCUCUGUGGUCGCGUGACGGACCUGCACAGCGGCUAGAGCCCUUCAGCAGGUCAACGUCCAGUAGCUCAGCGUGGAAGAACAUUUUUUUAUCUCGAAGGCGACCUUCUACACCUCCUUGUGCUGAGGGUAGCGUUAGCUGGGCUGUCCGACUAGAAGACGGAGGAAACAACGAAGUGUCCUUCUCAUGUCACACGCGCUACGUUCAUGUUAACCGGGGGAGAUGGGGGGUGUCUAGUGGAGGACGGGUCGAAGAGGACGGCUCGUGAGGACUAACGCCGUCAGACCAACGAAAACAAACGACGGUCCCGUGUUGACAUCUAGAUGUUGACGUCCUAGCUCGCGGGUGUUAGCCAGCUAGCUGUAUCGCAGACUGACACUGUCCCCAGACGAGGUGACGUUACCCGCGUAUUGUUGUUGGUGCGUGUCCGGAGACCAGCGGCGAGGAGCCGCCGUUAUGUCUCCGUCUAGCUAAGCUCGGUGUCGGCAGCAGCUUUCAACCCCUUUUUAAUAUUAAUUUGUGCAUGGUCAUGUCCAGCGGGGGGUGGCAUCAUGUAGACUGUCCCUCAGCACGGGUUCGGUGACCGGAGACACGCGAGUGUGUCCCGUGAGCCUCGCAGCCACCCAACUAGGUCAGAGAGCCACUGGCGCUGAUGCGCUUUAGCUCGGGCUCGCUGCUCGCCAUGCUCAUCCCCAUCUGCUCUGCGUGAUACAACAACGAGACCAGCCUGUUUCCGGGUGGCGAGGGGCAUCUGAUCGCGUUAUGCCCUCACUGCGUCUCUUAUUUAUGCAAUAAGGUGCACCGGGAGCAGCCUGCCAUGAAGUAACGCCGCAGCAUCACCGCGGUUGAGAGCAUCAUUUGCUCCGGUAUUAUUUUCUGACUAGCCCAACAUUUAAGGCGAUCCGCCAGCGGGCUGGACCGGGCUGGACCACUGGCCCGCCACGAUGGAGACGGUGGGGGAUUUUGAGUACAGCAGAAAGGACCUGGUCGGACAUGGAGCCUUCGCUGUGGUGUUCAAAGGAAGACAUCGGAAGAAGACGGAUUGGGAGGUGGCCGUAAAGAGCAUCAAUAAGAAGAACCUGUCCAAGUCCCAGAUCCUUCUUGGCAAGGAAAUCAAAAUCCUAAAGGAGCUGCAGCAUGAAAACAUUGUGGCACUUUAUGAUGUCCAGGAAACGCCCAAUGCUGUUUUCCUGGUCAUGGAGUACUGUAAUGGAGGGGAUCUUGCCGACUAUCUGCAAGCAAAGGGGACGCUGAGAGAAGACACACUGAGGAUCUUCCUCCAGCAAAUUGCUGCCGCCAUGCGCAUCCUCAACAGCAAAGGAAUCAUCCACCGUGACCUGAAACCGCAGAACAUCCUCCUGUCGUAUUUGGGGCACAAGAAGUGCAACAUCAGUGGCAUCCGCAUCAAAAUAGCUGAUUUUGGCUUUGCACGGUACCUUCAGAGCAACAUGAUGGCCGCCACGCUCUGUGGGUCACCCAUGUACAUGGCCCCAGAGGUCAUCAUGUCCCAGAAUUACGAUGCCAGGGCUGACCUGUGGAGCAUCGGGAUGGUCAUUUACCAGUGUCUGGUCGGCAAGCCACCCUUCCAGGCCAAUAGUCCCCAAGACCUGAGGAUGUUCUAUGAGAAGAACACGAAUCUACAACCCAUCAUCCCGAGGGAGACGUCCCAACAACUUGGCCACCUUCUGCUUGGGCUGCUGCAGAGGAAUCAGAAAGACAGGAUGGACUUUGACGCUUUUUUCAGCCAUCCUUUUUUGGAGCUGCCUUCCACCAUUAAGAAAUCGUGUCCGGUGCCGGUCCCCAGUGCUUCAAAUGCAGCGACGGACAGUUCCUGCGGCAGCUCCCCGUGCAUCCGCUACAACUCUCCUCCUUCUCUCCCGGACAUGCAGACACUAGCAGAAGAUGGUCUGUCGUCCCCUCCGCUCGGUCCGCCCAACUUCCUGCAGCUGUCCAAAGAGUCUGCAGGAAGCACCAGCAGUAAGAACUCGUCCUGUGACACUGAUGACUUCGUCCUGGUGCCUCACAUCUCUACUGACUGCUAUGACCAGCCAAUGGGAGCAGGCCGUCGGCCGUCCAGUGACUUCCUCAUGUGUGGAGGGCAACCGCAGCCCACCCCGGGACAGACUCCCAUGGUGUCCCCACGGGCUGAGACCACCCCCAUCCCUGUUCCCACCCAGAUCCGCAACUACCAGCGCAUCAAGCAGAACCUCUCCUGCAGCCCGACACCCAUGCUGCACAGCUCCCCCAGGUCUGGGACUGUGAGGCGGUCCAACACUAGUCCUCUGGGGUUUUCUAAGGUGGGGUCGGGGUCCCCCACUAUCGCAGACGUCCCUCAGACAGUAGGCAGGCGUCUCUCCACUGGCAGCUCUCGGCCCUACUCCCCCUCACCUCUUGUGGGCACCAUCCCUGAGCAGCUGGGUCACUGCUGCUGUCACCUGCAGAGCCACGAGCCUCGCAGCCGCAGCUCCUCAGGAGGUUCCCCCGUCCCAUCUUCUCAGCUCCUUGGGGCUCGGCUCCACAGCGCCCCCACCCUGACCGAGUUUUACCAGACCAGGCAGAAACUCCACAAGCAGUUGUCGGACCCUGUGCAGCCGGCCGCCUCCUCCUGCAGCCAUUCCCCUCAGUUCAGCCGACCAUCCAACCUCGGCACCUCCCCUACCAAGCUCCUGGGCUCCUCCCCCCGCACAUCCGACUGGCUGCAGAAGUCGCCGCUGCCCACGAUUAUUGGCUCCCCGACGAAGACCAUUUCGGCACCAUUCAAGAUCCCCAAAACGCAGGCGUCCUGUAACUUGAUGGCGCUGGCGGACAGUUCUGUGCCCACCAAGACGCUGGCAGAUACAAGAGAGAUCUGUGCCCACCACAGCAGCCCGUACCUCACUGGACGCCCAGCUGCCCCCGAGGCCAGCAGGACCUUUGGCAGGUCUGUGAGCACAGGUCGUCUGUCUGAGCAGCCAAUCAGAAUCACCCUGGGUGGACUGGCCUAUCAGGGCAGCACUGACAGCUUGAACACAGAGCGACCCAUGGACACAGCCCCUGCAGGUCCCGUCGGGCUGAUUCACUGUGGGUCAGCGAGUCCUCGUACGGUCCUCUUCACCGUGGGUUCACCGCCCAAUAGCAGCACUCCUCCUACCUGCAGCCACCUGGGCACACGACCACGCACCACCUCAGUGGGCUCCAACAGUUCGGCCGGCUCCCUGUGCUCCACCAGCGGUCGGGUCUAUGUGGGGUCUCCUCCAGGAGGCUUUGGUGGUGGGCAGGUUGUCCCUGGGACUGAGGGGGCACCCAGCAGCCUGCGCUAUGUUCCCUAUGGGACCUCCCCUCCCAGUUUGGACGGAUUCAUCACAUUCGAAGCACCGGAGCUGCCUGAGGAGACCCUCAUGGAGCGCGAGCAUACAGAUACCCUGAUGCACCUCCGGAUGAUGCUCUCCUUCACUGACUGCGUCCUGGAAAUGGCGGCAGUGCAAGCUGGAGGGACCGAGCUGGGCGUAUCGGCCGCCUCCAUCUACCCCCCCCAGGACAGCUUGGUCGUGGACCAGAUCAGCCAGCUCAGUAAAGAGUGGGGGCGGGUGGAGCAGCUGGUGCUGAACAUGAAGGCGGCUCAACUCCUGGCUUCCUCUCUCCACAUGGCCAAGGCUCAGAUUAAAUCGGCCAAGCUCAAUCCCUCUUCUGCUGUCAAACAGGUGGUGAAGAGUUUGAAUGACCGUUACAAAAGCUGCAUAUCCCUCUGCCGGCGGCUGACUGACAAACUCAACCACUUCUUCUCUGAUAAGCAACGCUUUGUGGACGAAAUCAACAGCGUCACCGCGGAGAAGCUCAUCUACAACAACGCUGUGGAGAUCGUUCAGUCAGCAGCUCUGGAUGAGAUGUUCAAGCAGACAGAAGACAUAGCCUACCGCUACAGCAAGGCCGCCAUGCUGCUGGACGGCCUGUCCAAGAUCCUACAGGACCCUACUGACGUGGAGAAUGUGGUCAAGUACAAGGCCAGCGUGGACCGCAGGAUCUCAGCCCUCUGCUACUGCACUGUCACGCUCUACGAGUAGCUACACACACAAACACACACACAUAUACAUACACAUACAUACACACACACACACACACACACAAAGGGACCAAGUCCUAAGACUAUUGACUCAUCCUCACAAAGCCGCCGGUCCUUCCUGUAGCAGUUGAAGCACUUUUCAUUUGAAUCAGUAUUUAUCGUCACACUGGCUGCAUCAUGGACUGAACUGUGACAAGCGACUGAUGCACGAAUGUACAACCAAAGAUGACAACGGAUCAACAAAAACAAAGGCUGAAGCCAGAUGUGGACACACAGCAUGCACUUUCACGUGCAUUUUUCUUCAGACGCGAUGUUGUCUGAAAACCAUCUGAUCAACAUGUAUAAAGAAAAACUCAUAUCCAUCUUUCAAGAUAUCAUUUGUUUUUUACCAGAAGAUGGACAGGACUAUGAGAUGCUGAUGAUCCUGCUUACUUUGUGAUAUCAGUGGUUUAUUUACUGUGUUUAGGUGUCAUUGUUCUUUAUUUAUUGGUUCAGAAGAACUUGGCUAUUUGAGUCUCCUGCCUGUCUUGAAAACCUCAAGUAUUGGAGUCUGAGGAGUUGGAAGAAACGAGCAACGGCUUACGGCCAAACAGAAACACAAACUCUUGUUACAAAAACAAGACCGCCAUGUAAGCAAAGGAACUUGUUAGUACUUUUUGUUCUUGUGUUGUGAGCUCAAGCACUUUAUUGUGGAUUGAGAGGAAGAGGAGUGGAUCUGUAGGCGUUCUGAAGGUGGACAUGUGAAGGCAGGUGAUUUUCUAAUCACUCGUGCUCCUAUCUUCAAGUCUCAACUGCUCUGCAUGCACGGGGAACCGGCCUACAGGACGCAUACGUUUCCCAGAAGGCAGAGCGACCAAGGCAAAGUGUAAUUGGCUGCAGCUCAACUUUGUGGGAACUCUUCUCUCGCGAUCAACUUGGUAUUUGAUAGAACCCUGUUUCUCUUUUUAGUUUGAAUUUUAUAUAUAAAGGGGCAUGCCACUGAUUUGAAGUAUGGAUAUUUAUCCACCUGUGCUACUUAAAAUUUGACUGUUUUUUUAAUCUAAUAAAAUUCCAAAAUGUCACGCUUGUUCUCCAACGUAAUGUUAAAUUGGUUGAAUAUCCCUUUUAAUUCCAGAUACAGUACUUGUGUCUCGCACAUGAAAAAAGUAGUUACUAUUUGAUUGCAGGCAUUUUAAAGGCGUCCUCUUUUGUUUACCAUUGACAUGUCACAUGCAGUUUCUCUCAAACAUCAAACCAAAAGAAUUUAUUAAAAGAAAAAAAAACUUUUCCACACAGCAGGAAAGCUUUGAUUUGCUUUUAUUUACACAAUAUUCAUUUUACACUUACAAAUUGUAGAAACGGCUUUGAGACGCUUCGAACAUUGUUACCCAGUUUAGUAGAAACAUAACGAACCCAUCGGGAGGUGUGUGUUCAGCGCAUUUGUUUGCGCCCCCCUCUGAAUGGCGCCCUAGGCGGCCGCCUAUACCGCCUGUAGGAAAAACCUCCCCUGCCAGUAGUAUACAGUCAUUGAUGGAAAAGGAGGUGCCUUCUUGUGAAUAUAGACGGAGGCCUGCUCCUUUUGUACAGGUGUGAAUACUUUCUUUUCUGUGUACAAAUGUUUAUAAAUGCAUUCACAGGCACCCAGUGGUCCGCGGGCCUGUUCCUCUGUUCUGUUUCUGAGACGUAUCCGGGUGACCGUUUCCCCGCUCGUCCUCGUCUUGAGCACUCUGAACCACACAAAGCCUUUUACUGCACACAGAGUGAAGAGGGACAAAUAAAGCUGAUGGAAACCCACCUGAAUCUUUGCUCUGCAGCAUUUAUUAGUCCAUGGACUGUUUUGGAUGAAGCGUGGGUACCGAGUCGGCGUCUUACCCUGUAGAACCUCUAGUCUUGAAUGUACGAACCCUGUUGUUUUACGCUUCUCCAGCUUGAGCUCAAUGCAUUGUGAAGUCACAACCAUGAUAAUGCAACUCUUUCCAAGCAUCGGUUUUUAAAAGAGAAAUGUCAACGUAAUACCUGUGUCCCUCACCAAGGGGUGUCUGUCUUUUUUUCUUUUAUGGAACACAAAUACAGUCUUUGUUAUUAAAAAGAGAAAACAUCCAAA